AUGGAAACUGACGAUAAGGAAUCACCCUCUCAGCAUGUCAUGGAGACCUCGGCUAACAUGCUUACUUACUGUAAGAGCAAAGAAGAUGAACUGCUAAAGGUGGAGAUGACCCCAUUGCAGGUUGCCAGUGGCCAAAAGGAAUCUACAGUGUUGACCGUAACAUCUAACCAACUUCCUGAGCGUGAUCACAUCAUCUGGUCUAUAUUUAACACCAUCUACAUGAACUUCUGCUGCCUGGGAUUCAUUGCACUUAUUUUCUCCAUCAAGUCUCGGGACCAGAAGGUAAAUGGAAAGCAAAACGAAGCCAGGCAAUACAGCACCACUGCCCGUUGGUUAAAUAUCUUCUCCACAGUUCUGACUAUACUCUGGUUCUUGAUCACAGUAAUCGUCAUUAUUUAUAAUUUUGUUCGAAUGAAGGCUGCCAUCAGAAGCUGGCUUGGGCUAUAAAGGGGUCGACUGAACCAUUGAUUUGAUUUUAGAGGAGAGUA